UUUCGGCCAUAUUGUUAUGACGCAUACAAGAUCAUAGGUCUCCGCCAGUGACGAUUCUUCUCGCAGUUGACGUGGCUACUACGUACCGUCCCGUUCGCCCACUCCGGACGCAGCAUAUACGGUGACGAGGAAUACGUAACUGGUGAACUAAUUUGGCAUGGACGGAAUGGUGGAGGAGAACGGAACUAGUGGUGGUGCGAAUGUCACAGACCCAUUGGCAAGUCCUGGUUCGUCUGCAGGCACAGCUCCCCCACAUGUUGUUGUCACGAGUAUUGUUCAAUUAACAUUACCUACUCAAGCUCCUUCAGCACAGGUGCAAUCUGUUAUCCAACCUAAUCAACAAUCAGUGAUUCAGACUGCUUCUAAUAUACAAUCAGUGCAACUGCCUAAAGGAAAUGUGAUACUUGUUAGCAAACCUAAUUCUGUUAUACACACUACACAAGGAACCCUUCAAACUUUACAGAUAAAACCAGAGCCUAACACACUAUUGAGUACACAGGGACAAUCUUGCAGUGAUGAAAGCUGUAGUGAUGAUGAGAGUCCCAAAAGAAAAUAUAGGGAAAUGCUCACAAGACGUCCUUCUUAUAGGAAAAUUUUAAAUGACUUAGGCGGAGCAGAAAUUGCAGACAAUCGCAUGGGAACUAAACCAGGACCCGAGAAUGAAGUGUCGCUGUCAUCUCCUUUGUCAUUUGCUCCAGUUAUCCCAGCGGGUGCAUUACAAACAGAUAGUGGUCUUCACACAUUAGCUGUAUCUGGAACAACGGGGGGCACGGCCAUUGUACAAUACGCUACGAACCAAGAUGCACAGUUUUACGUUCCGGGUCCUAUACUAGAAGAUCAGACACGGAAAAGGGAAUUACGCCUGUUGAAAAAUCGUGAAGCUGCCAGAGAGUGUCGACGUAAAAAAAAAGAGUACAUUAAGUGUUUAGAAAACAGAGUGGCCGUUUUGGAAAAUCAGAAUAAAGCACUUAUUGAAGAACUAAAGUCAUUAAAAGAAUUAUAUUGUCAACAAAAAACUGAAUGAGGUCCAGCUGGCUAGCCAGACGUGCCACUGAAAUGCUGGCAGGAACUGUUAGGCACAGCUUGAUAGCGUCAAUGAUGAGAAAUCAAUCGACUCAGCUCGAUCUAUUGAGAUGGUCAAAACAUUCAUCAUUUUGGAAUACAGUUCUCUAACCAAACGACAAGAAAUCUUUUUCUGUACACCUUUGAGCUACUUAAACUAUACUGACAGAUACAUCUUUUAAACUGUAUUUUUUUUUAAUGAAAUGUAAAUAAAAUGGGUACUUUUGCCUGAAAGUAUAAAUUUUAAUACGAAAUUUAAUAAAUCUUAAGAAAAGAUGACUAUUUUAAGUAAAUUUUGGUCUAUUGUUUACUAAAACUUAGAGUAUUGUUAGAAUUUUAUUUAUAUGUUUUUACUAUUUCAUCAUGCUUAGUGAUGUUAUUGUUUUAACUUACAGCUUACUUUUUAAAUACCACUCAAACACAAUGUUAUUGUACUGAAUUAUGUUUUUAUAUUGGAGGUAGGUGUUAGUCACUUUUUUCUCGUUCUGAUUUAAACUGGUAAAAAAGUUCUUGUUGGCCUACUUCUUUUUAAAUUUUAUGAAAAUAGAGAAUAUAUUUCAUACUAAAAUGAGUAGUUCACAAGGUAAUAUUUUGAUGAAUGUAAUAUUUUUGUUAUUUUUACAGAACACCAUAAUAAUUCUGUUGUGUGCCAUUUAUUAUUUUUAUGAAAUUAAUAAUGAUAUUCUGUUAGCACACAACUGCUUUUUAAAAUAUCAGUGGUAAUAUUGUUUGUUAUUUUAUUGUAUAGAAAAUUAUUGUAAAUAAGUCUUUAUUACCGUUGAAUGAGAAUUGUCAGAGAAGUCCUUAUGAAGUGAUAAAAAUUAAAUUUACCUAUCAUAAACCAAUUCAUAUAGUUUUUUAGGUAUUAUGAACACCAUAUAAUAUGGUUUAAUGGAUAAGCCAAAGUUAUUAUUUAGUUUAUUUGUGCAAUAAGUAUUGCAAUGUACAGUAUAGUAGAUAUUAUACCAAUUUUCAGAUUGUACAGUGUAUGUACAGAUAGCGUUUAUAUAGAUGGUAUUGCAAAUUGUACAUAAUAUUAACUAUGAAAAUACAUUUGACUCACAUCGCAUAUCACAACAAAAUUUUAUGCUCAUUACUUUGUACAAAAUGUACAUGCUGUCUUUAGUUCCGCUAUGGAAAACUUAAACAAUAUUUUCUUAUUAUUUUAUCCUUGAAGGGUAUAAUGAUUAACUGAUUUUCAGAAUUAAAAUUAGGGUGUAAGUUUAUAUAUAAGUGAUCAGUUGCCAUUAAAACAGUAUGACGUUUUUAAAAUAAUUGUUAAUACCUAUACAUUUUCAUUCUGUUACAUUCUUAUGUCGGCAUGUUUUAGUGGCAAAUGAUAUGAUUAAUGUAAGACAUUGUGGAAAGUGCCUUUUAAAUUAGUAUGUGAAAGUUUAUACCAACAUAGCUUUUUAUGUUAACUUAUGCUAUUUAUAAUAAAUAAUAAUAUUAACUGUUUGAUGUA